CGAUCAUGACCACGCCACGACAAAACCCUAACCAGCCAGGCAGCGCUUUGACUUCUAUCUGAAAUUCAAAUAGGCGAGCCUCGGGCUGUGGAUACGGGAGAGUGGAGUCACGGGGAGAACUUCUCCUCUGGGGCAACUACGACAGAAGAAAACAAACACUGCGAGGAGUUAACCACUCAGUCUGGAGCUGAGACGAAGUUAAACGAUGUACGGCAGACAAGUGACACGCAUCCAGUCCUUGCGGGCGAGCGAACUUUUUUCUCCGCUCUGAUGUUUGGUGAAUUUUAAAAGAAGACGAGGACUCAGGGAAUUAAAUGAACUGUGGUGGCCUUCAAAUCAUAUUACUACCGGCAUACGGGCCUCUCUCAAUCGACAGCGCAGCAGCUCCUGUACCCGGCUGACCAGAUGGGUUGCAAUUGCUGUCGGAUGAUCAAAAGCUACAUCUAUGACCCCUCGGUGCCGGUGGACGUUCACGGGCGCAAGAGGGACCUGCCGGCCAGCUCGCUCUACAUCCCCCACCUGCAGGAGCCCGACGACGGCGACCGGCCCCAGAAGAAGCAGGGCUUCUACAACCUGGGCUACAGCAACAGCGGCGGCAGCCCCAACCCCAACGGCGCCGACGGCGACAGCGGCGGCAACACCAAGCUCGACAUCGAGAACAACCACAUCAACCGCCUGCACGGAAGCGGCCCUCCCCCCGCCGGCCACGACGGUAACCCGGAAUGGACGGACGACAGGAAGGUCGGCGGAGGCGGGACGGACCCUGACAUACUAGGAAGUCCUACGCAACGCACGGAGCAGCCCACGCUGAGGUACGCGCCUCCGCUCCCGAGCGUGCCGCCCAUCUACCGGCUGCCGUCCUCCGACGGGCCCACGCGGCCCUGGGACAGAGAGCUCCUGAGCGGGAGCGAGGUGACGCGCAUUCAGCCCUACAUCCUGCCGGACGGCCUGGACGUGGACGAGGUGGACGGCUACAAGCGCGACGACGAGGACGAGGACGAGAGGGAGAGCGGCGUGGGCAGCACGCCCGACUACCUGGGCGACACGGGCGACGAGGCCAGCGUCCUCUCCGGCGACAUCAACACCAGCUCCACCAGCCUGUCCUCGGCCGACACCAGGCCGGGGGCGGAGGACGACAACAGCAAGAGGACGGGGGGGCGGCGGAGAGAGGCGGACGGACGCGAGGAGGACAGGGAGGACUGCCAGAGCGUCACGGACUCCAUGGUGGCCGAGGCGCUGGCCGCUCUAGAGGCGGCCACCGCGGGCGAGGACUACGACUGACCGCCACACCCGCACCGGGGUCAUGUGACUGAGAUGGGAAUUGAUAUCUUGUAAAUGAACAUGGAGACCGUUGGUAGUCUCCUUUUUUUUAAUAUAAUAUAUAUAAAUAUAUAUCCUUGAUGGUUCUACGAGGCUCUUAUAAAGCUUCUGUGGAUCAGCACGGAAGGAAGUUCCAUGUCUGAAUGACAUUUAAGUCUUGCUGUAAUGGCGGACAACGAGUGACUUGAAGCUGUUUACGUUAAAUGUGCCCAUGACUUGGCUGUGGCAACUCAUUUUCUCUGAGAAAUGAACGGGACAUUUUUGCCACUUUGUCGAGGAGGCUCUAUCUGAGUAGCUCAUGCAUUUUCCAUGCGCACCUGGGGAGACAGACCCAACUUCAAGGGACUCCUGUUACUCCAGACAAACUUUCCUUGCAUCAUUGUUCCAAGAAUAAGUUAGAAUAUUCUCAUUUAAGGUUCAACAUUCCAAAACAUUUAACCAUACUGAAGGUUAACUGCCAUGUUUUUUUUUCCACUCUUGCAAUUUCAAAAAUACCAAAUAUUCCAGUUUUAUGUGCACCGAUUCUAAUAGAUGACAUAUUCUAGUUUGUGCGUACUUAAUUGGUCUCUUGUUGUAAUCUGUAUAUUUAUUUGAUGCCCCUACUACAAAUAUCUCAUGAACUUUUGGUUCAGGCUUCACAGGAACCUGUUAAACUUUUUCCCAAACCUAGACAUGCAGACACAUUUUUGUACCCAGGCCUCGUGUAUGUGAUAGCGUCUCUCUUUUCUCUCUUUUUUUUGUAACUAUCUUCCUGUUAUUUAUAUCUCCGCCGUAUGAUGCAAUGAUGUCAGCGCCAACGCUGCCUGAGGUCCAGACGUCUGACGCGCGACUGGGAGCUGGCAGACUGGUUGCUCCGAGCGAUGGCGGCGGGGGCGUCUGUCUCCGGUCUGCCGCUCUGUCCUGUCGUCUCGUAGCGUGCGUGUCGCCAGCGUCUGUGCCGCCUGUGCCACCGCCGCCGCCGCCGCUGCAUACAGCCCACUCGUCUGGCUCGUGACGUUCCCGCUCGGCGGGCAAAGGCAGGGCAGGUGUGAGUCCAGGAUGCCAACGCGACGCGGCCAAUGACAACUCGAGGCCCGCCAGGCAGGGACUCCCUCUCUGGCUGUGAUCCCACGAGGGGCCUCCGAAGUGUGCGCACUUCAGACACCAGACCUAAAGAAGAGGCCUACGAGAAGGACCCUCGGGAGGGAUAGCGCAGGAAGGGGGGGUGGGGGGGCGAGGGAGACAUUUGGAACGCUGCACUCGGUGGAAUAAGCACAUGGACGCAGUACUAGAGCUCCUGCCACGAACAGCAUGAACCCCUUGCUCCAUCUGGUACAUGUUUGUUUUUCCUCAAGUAUGCCUUUCACUGAAGUCAUUUUUGGAUACUCAGACUGAAAUGGAGACACAAAUCCAGUCUACGUUUAUAGGCCAAAUUCAUUUCUCAGUUCUGUUCUGUUUUUAUGUUACAUAUACUGUAUGUCAUGAAAUGUCAAAUGAAUGUGCUAUGAAAUGUACCGCCAAGUAGCUUUAAAUGAUUAUAAUAAGUCAUCAUAUGACUAUUUUUAUAUCAGGGUGGAUGACUGUACAUUGGAAAGAGAAGUGAGUGAGUGAGUGAGAUUAUAUUUUUGUGGUUCCUCUUUGUAGCACAAUGAAGGCUUCUCAGGAGACUAGCAAGAGGUGUUGUCUUGUGUACAAUGGAGAAAAUAAAUAAAAUAUUUGAUUUCA